AGGACAAUAUCCAAAGAAAGAGGGGGGACAAACGCAGGUGACAGGUGGGUUUUGUUUUUUUUGGGGGGGAGGACAGGGAGGACGGUGGACGUUCAUACAAAUCGGAGAAAAGGAGGGUUUGAAUCUCUCCAUCGGUGCUUUGAGGCAUCACACACAGCACCAUGCGAGCAGGAGAGACGCGCCCUGUGCCAUGCUGAACGACUCUCCGACGCUCCUGCUGGCUCUCACCGCGGUGGCCGGACUUCUCCAGCGAUGCCAGGGCUGGAGCGACGAGGAGGACCUCCUGCUGCCACCCAUCAACUCCUCCAACAGGUUCCUGGCCAACCUGGAGGUGGACGUGCGUUUCUCCAAGAGAUCCGUGGAGGAGAGCGAAGCCCUGCAGAGCCUGUCCCAGUGCAACGUGAGCGUCCAGAGGCUGCUGCCCACCUCGCUGGUGGCUCGAUGGGACAGCAGCUUCGGCUUCCAGUGUGAUGUGCUCAUCUACACCACCAACAACCAUGGAAGGGCUUUUUUCUCUGCCUCUUUAAACAGGGCGAUCUCCCCUGUGGUCAUCGAGCACCUGGGGGUCACUGGAGGUCAACAGGAGCUGAGGCUGUGUGUGGGUUGUGGGAUGUCAAGGUACCGGAGGUUCAGUCAGGGCAGGUCAAGGGGUCAGCAGACCGGGGAUCAGGUCACUUUCUGCUGCGUGGAUUUCAGCCUCGAUGAGCUGAAGGGGGACAAAAGUUGGAGGCUGAACAGAAAGCCCAUCGAGUCGACACUUGUGGCUUGUUUCAUGACUUUGGUCAUUAUUGUGUGGAGCGUUGCUGCUCUCAUAUGGCCAGUCCCCAUCAUUGCAGGGUUUCUGCCCAAUGGGAUGGAGCAGAGGAGACCGAGAUAAUUGAAAUAAUCUUUAAUAUAAUUAGCCUGUGCUGCCUAUACUAUAAUUGUAGCCAUUCAACUGUUCACCUGAAUGAAUGAUUGAGGAGCUUUGGAGACACUUUGACCAAAUGUUUUAGUUUUGGGUGUUCUUUAAUCCUUAUUAGAGCUCCUCGUCAUUAGGGCAACCAAGGUAAAGUAUGAUGGAUUAUACUAGCCAAUAGAAAUCUAUACUGGGACCAACACCAAUGUGUUUUGUAUACCCUUGUAGGCCUUCCUAUAGAUUAUGUCAGCGUAAACUGUGCACACUUUUCUCUUUAAACAGUGUUUGUAUAGUUUUUAAUCUUUCUAGAAAAGUUUUUGCCUUAUCCCAUGUGUAGGAUUUUUUGCACUGAAAACUGAACUUUAAAGUGUGCUGUCACAUAUAUAACCUAUAGUCUUGUUCAAAGUAAAUGUUAUAGUUUUUCCCCCAAUACGUUCUGGAAAAAUAGAUGUUGUUUCCGAUUGACAUAGAGAGGGUUUCAAUAAUUAUAUUGUUAGAUUUAUAAUGUCAAGCUCAAUAGGCGUGCUUAUUUGUAUUCAUGUUA